CAAAGCGAGAAGAGCAGAGGAAUGUGGGUGAGAAUGAGGCUCCGAUCCGGCUGAACAUCCCGCUGGUAAUUAGAGACCCGACACUGGUUCAUCACGACAGUUUCAGCGUUGCCAUGGAGACUGGAAAGCCGGGACUGGCAAGUGUUCCAGUAAAUAUCAGCUCAGUUGGAGCACAGGCAGAGAAAAGACUGGACAUCCAGUCGCCUCUAACGGCGGUUUACAUCCAAGCAGUUCCAACUGUGCCUUUACAGCCUUACCCUCAACCUCCUGCAGAGGCCAGAUUGACGAGCGGCCUCCACCUGACCAUGCCAGCUCUCUAUGCCAAGGAGACACUCCCCUUCCUGACUCUGCACCUUGCUGGUGACCCGCAGCCUAAGCUGGGAUGCAAUGGACCCGCUGCUGUUGCUCCGGCAGUCAAACCGAAGUCUGCAGGCAAACAUGUGUGUCCUCACUGUGGACGGGAUUGCAUGAAGCCCAGUGUCCUGGAGAAGCACCUCCGCUGCCACACAGGAGAGCGACCAUAUCCCUGCACCACCUGUGGAGUAUCUUUUAAGACCCAGAGCAACCUGUACAAACACAGACGAACUCAGGCACAUGCCCGGCAGUCAUCGGAGUCAGAGCAGAGCAACCCGGGCAGUCUAGACAGCAUGUACAGCUCCAGAGAGACAUGUUCCUCCAGUUUGUCUCUGGAUGAGCAAUGUGAGGAGCUGGGUGUCGAGGCAAAGUAUACCGAGAUGCAAAGUUCUGUCAGCGAACAGAAAGAGCCCAGCUCAACUGCUCCUAAUCCAGAAACCAAACUCACAGCAGAGGGGGACAAAGGGAAGACAGAAAGUUUAAAACAGUCUUUGACCUUCAGCAGGCACCUCCAGCUUCAGAGACAGGAAGCCACCCUGUUCUCCAAACAGUGGGAAAGCUCUGCAUCUAGAGGGAAAUCCCAGAGUCACGAAAGCACAGACUCUGGCUUCAGCGAGAGCAGUGAUCACUAUCCCAGUCCCAACAGUGUCUUAGCUGAAAACAGUGUGGAUGACCAAUCUAAAGCCAGCAGGGAGAACGAUGAGGAGGCCCAGGAAACCGAAGGCCAGGCUGGAAGGGAUGACAAAGGCAAGGCGCGGGUGCAGGAGCAGAGGAAGCUGGAGGAGAGAAUAUCCAAGCUGAUUUCAGAGAACACUGCAGUUGUGGAGGACAAAAAACUUGAAAAUGUAAGGCCAAGAAAGACUGUAUUGUCAAAGCAAGGAAGCAUUGACCUUCCCAUGCCGUACACCUACAAGGACUCCUUCCACUUUGACAUGAGAGCGAGCCCAGCUCAGAAUAUUGGGCUCCAAAGACAAACCAAGUCUGGACUCUACAGUUCUGUCCCUACUCAGGGCUCCUCCUGCACCGAACAUGGACCCUUAACACGCAGCAACUCCCUGCCUUUCAGCGUUUCCCUCCUGCAGCCAGAGACAAGCAGCCCGACCUUAUCAAACCAGAGAGAUUAUGUAACCGAAAGUUCUGGCAAGAUCAACCCAACAGGUUUACUUAAGAAGCCUGUGAACCAGCAAUCAUCUGUUCACCGCCCACUGGUCCGGCAGACAGCCGUAGACUGCAACCACGCAACAGACAGCCUCCUCACCACUUCAUCUGUGGAGGAGGCGUGCACCAGCAGACCCGGCUGUGAUGGAGAUGGCAGCAACAUAGUUGGAGAACCAAACAGUAGAAAGGUCCGGAAGAAGAAAGAACAGAAGUUUGCCUACAACAAGUGGUACAUGUACGGGGGUGGAACAUUUAAAAAGCUCUACAAUACGGACAAAAGUGGAGAUACUGCUGCUUUGAAAGGGAGGAAAUGUUCAACCAACCUACUUCAGGAGGCAGUUCAUGGUCAACAGAAACCGCUUUCAGUGGUCCAUAGAGAAACUGCUACAAGAUCCGAUUCAGCGCCCCUCUCUGCCAAUCUUUCCCUGGUCUCCUCUGUGGAUCAAACAGCUAACCCUGCGAAUGCUCCACUCAGGAGGCACCUGUCUGCCUCAGAGUUGCAAUUACCUGCUGCCAGACCGGCACCUGGCCCCAUAAUGGAGUCUCUGAGCCAAAGAGAGGCAGGGAGAUUAUUAAAUGUUCCUAAACAUUCCCACUCCAUGACAGAGCCCUGCGAUGGCCAGAUUCCAUCUGACAGGAAAAAGCAAAAAACUGUGGAAGAAGACAUUUCACCUCUGCUGAUGGAGACUGACCCAACCACCCCCACUCUACACCCUGCAUCUGUCACUGAAGGCACAGCUCCGCAGGAGGCAGAUUUUACUUUCAUCCCAGCCAAAAAGAUCCCAAAGUCUCCCGAGUUAAAAGGAUCCCUCCUUGUUUCUCAGAUUAGCAAUUCAGCAGCUGUUUCAGUGCCUAUUGCUGCCAAGAGCAGCUUCCUCCCCAAGUACCAGCUGAAGUUACCAAAUGCCCAUGAACCCCACCCUAUAUCUCCAUCACAACUAGGGGUUAAACCAAAUGCAGUGGAGGGCUAUACUCCCACUGCGUUAUCUGCUCACUCCAACCAAACCCUGGUGACGGCUUCUGUGAACCUCUUCAGAAACCCGGUCCUUUUACCGUCCAUACAAACUCCAGACCACCUUGCCUUACCUUGCACAGUCACAAGUCUGUGUCAAGUCAAAACAUCACAACACAGCUACACAAUGGCAUCUGGUGUAUCUGUCAUGCAGAGGCAGUUUGCAGCAACCACUAUAACCACAAGCUGCUUUCAGGACUAUACAAGUGGUCUAUGCAGCACUUUAAUGCAUUGUUCAAAAGCUGGAACUGACUCAAUGCUUGAACAGUCACUGAGAUCUCUCGCACCUGCAGCUCCAGUGCUGCAUCCGCCCACCACAUAUAAUCAGAAAUCAGCUGCCACCAUCACAGGCCUUCCUCAUAAUCUCUCCUACCAAGGCUCUAACCCUCCUCAGGGACAUGUGCCAGACCCAGCAGAACCUGGAAACAAAUCCAGUGUUGACCCAAAUGGCCCAGUUGUACCCUGUGGGAUUAUGCCACUGGACCAACAAGCUCAAAAUGUCUUUCAUGUUCAUACUGCAGACCUCCAGAUCUGUCUUCAAAUCAUAUCUGAUGAGCAGAUGGCUCUCAUUGCUCCUCAAAUUGAACGUCAGCCGUGUUCUGGUUUGUCACAGAUCAGUGAUAUGGAAGUUAUGACUCCAGAUGGAGUCCGGAAAAAUCUCUCAAUCAAAACUUGCAAUGUCUUAAGUAUAAAUGAACAACUACAGCAUCAAACAGAGAGUGACAGACUGGAGUGUUUAGUUGGACUAAACCAACAGAUUAAUAGAGGAGAUGCUUGUAAAACAGCAUUGUUAACCAAAUCCAUCCCUCCUAAAGCACCAAACUCACACAGCAAUGGCCAUUCCAUCAUCGUCACACAGACUCGAAACUCUGCAGGUUGUAUUAUGGCAACCUCUGCUUCAUCCAGAGGCUCAAAGUCAGCAGGGAACCAAACUUCAGAGACCAAACAGGUUCUCUCUGCAAACCCUUGUGCUGAGGAGCAUUUCUUAUCAAACACGGGACACAAAAGGACUGAAAACAUCUCA